AUGGCUCUUACGCACUCCUUUCUAUCCAUUCUCGUCGCACUCCCAUACUUGCUUGCUGCUGGAAUUGCGCAACCAUCCAUUCCAGUUGGACCUGCCGCCGUACAUUCCAUCGUUGAGGGCAGUCUUCUUUUCGAUUUCGAGACUGUCCAAUUGACCGACGCCUUCAUUGAGCGCAUUCGAAAUGAUGAGCAAACCGGACCCAUCGCCGAUCUAUUCGCUUUCGAAAGUAAUCUGACGCUUUCGGAGCGAGCAACGCCAGAGUGCAAGACUUAUCCAGGAGACGACCUGUGGCCCAAGGAAGAAGUAUGGGACACGUUCAAGUCGCUGCUCAACGAUAGCUUGGUUCCCACUGUCCCGAUUGCAUCGGUUUGCUACAACUCCAAAUGGGGGAGAAGGGAUACAGCCAAAUGCAAUGCGCUCGUGAGAGCUUUUACAACCCCUUCGACGCACGAGGAUGAUCCCACCUCCAUCAUGUGGCCUAUCUACCAGGGAAAGACAUGUAUGGCCCGAAAUGACACAACCUCCGGCGAUACGUGCACCCUUGGCGGAUACCCGGAGUACGCCGUCAAUGUUUCCAGCGUGGAGCAAAUUCAGUUGGCCAUAAACUUUGCGCGGAACCUCAACAUUCGUCUCGUUAUCAAGAAUACCGGGCACUGCUACCUUGGAAAAUCAUCCGGUGCAGGGUCGCUCGCGAUCUGGACCCACAACCUCAAGGAUAUUCAGUAUCUCCCCAGUUAUGAUGCCGAGGGGUAUUCAGGCGCCGCGUUCAAGGUUGCCGCCGGUGUAACGGUGCAGGAGAUCUACAGGGCUGCAGAUGCCCAGGGUGUUACAGUUCAAGGAGGCAUAUGCGAAAGCGUCGGUUAUGUAGGCGGGUACCUGCAGGGCGGAGGGCACAACCCUCUGAGCGGGUACUACGGCAUGGCUGCAGACUCAGUACUCGCCUACCAAGUCGUCACCGCAGAUGGGCUUUUCGUCACCGCGUCUGAGACAUCCAAUCCCGAUAUUUUUUGGGCUCUGCGCGGCGGAGGAGGUGGAACCUACGGCAUCGUCACCUCAGCCAUCAUCAAGGCUCACCCGAAGAUCCAAGUGACGCAUUCCACAUUCAUGCUAGGCAAUAGCACCGAUGCCUCCCAGCUCGUCUCCCGAGAGAACUUCUUCCAGGUGCUGCGCUUUUUCUGGGAGUCCUUUCCCGCAUAUACAGAUGCCGGAACAUAUUCCUUCUUCCACAUCCUCAAUACCAACGGGCAAAUCACACUCAGAAUGACCUCCUGGUUUGCUCCUGGCCACACUAAAGAGUCAUUCGCCAAUCUAUCCAAGCCUUUCUUCGACAAAGUCGAGGAGCUAGGCGUUCCGUAUCAAUCGCCGCUUAACACCACAUACUACGAGUCUUUCUUCCCCGCGUAUUGGGAUGCCUGGGGCAAGAACGGGUUUCCGCUCGGGCUGGCGACAUCGCUCCCCGGAAACCGACUCAUUCCGAAAUCCCACUGGACCGAUCGCGAUAAACUCGAAACCACUUGGACCCAACUUCGCACACAUAUCGAGAAUGCGCGGCACUUCGUCUGCUACUUUCAGAGCCCGCAGAACCCGCAGAACGUCGACAAUGCGGUGUCGUCCGCCUGGCGUCACACCCAGGUCUUUCUUAUUUCUUCCUCGCUCAAGUUCCCCGAAAACGCUUCAGCCGCUGAGAUCGGGGCGGCGAAUCGGAAUCUGCAAGAAGUCAUUCUCCAGCCGUGGAGGGAUGUCGCGCCCGCUAACGAAUUCGGUGGCUCCUACCUCAACGAGGCUGCGGUGGAUGAACCGAACUGGAAGGAGGACUUCUAUGGCACCCAGUAUUCGAAGCUUUUGAGCAUCAAGAAGAAGUAUGACCCGCGCGGUCUAUUCUACGCCGUGACCGCCGUUGGAAGCGAUGAGUGGGAGGUUAGGGAUCCGGAAUUGGGUGUUACGACUCAGAAUGGGAAGCUGUGUAAGGUCGAUGGAUAA